ACAUGCUGCAAUUGCAAGUCUGGGCAAAUCCUUAAACCCUAACCCCUACUCUCCGUUUUCUCUCAUACCAAUACCAAUUCCAGCUUCUUUCAGAAAAGCUCAUAAACUCUGUCAUCCAGAGAAAUUCGCCGAGACAUGGACAUUGAUUUGAGUGGAGAGAAACUCAAAUCUCUUCACAUGUCAUCUCUUGACGAAGAGGAGGAUGAAGAAGAAGAUCAAAACGACGACGUGGAAGAUGAAGUCAGCGAUGAAGAUGAUGAAGAAGAGGAUCGCGUGCCGAUGACGUUAGGCUUUGUGGAGAAGCCAAAGAACCCAUGGACAUUGCUCCGCCAGUAUUUCCCGAGUAAAGCUGGUGGCACUCCGGCAUGGUUGGACCCCAUAAAUCUGCCUUCAGAAAAGUCCAGUCUUUGUGAUUUUUGUGGUGAGCCUUUGCAGUUUCUGCUCCAGGUUUAUGCACCUUUACCUGAGGAAUCAACUUUUCACAGAACAUUGUUCGUUUUCAUGUGCCCAUCAAUGACCUGUCUUCUCCGUGAUCAGCAUGAGCAGUGGAAGCGGCAUCCAGAGACUCCAUCCAGAAGUGUCAAGGUGUUUCGGUGUCAAUUGCCACGGGUGAAUUCUUUUUACUCUAGUGAGGCACCUGCUGAGGAUGGGACUGAGCAGCCCUUGACAGCCGGAGCAAAACUGUGUAAUUGGUGCGGGACAUGGAAAGGGGAUAAAAUUUGUAGUAGCUGUAGAAAAGCACGGUAUUGUUCCGGGAAACACCAGACUGCUCAUUGGCGGUCUGGUAACUCAAGUCACAAAGUCUUCUGUCGGCAGAUGGACACAUCUGACAAAGAAUCUGAAUCAGCUUAUUGGAAAACAGCUGCCAGCAACUUUUUGUGGCCAGAGUAUGAGAUUGCAAAUGAGGAUGAGGGUGAACUUGAUGAGGAGAUGGCUAAUGAUGAGGGAUCUGCUAGUUCAUUGAUUUCUAGAAGCCGGACGGAUGGAUCUUUUGGGAAAUUACAGACAUAUUUCAAGGGAAAUGGCGAGAACAGGAGUUGGGCAUCUUUCCAGGAGAGAAUAUCUUUGGCUCCAGAACAAGUUUUGAGGUACUCUAGCUCUGCUGAAGCAAAACCAUUAUGGCCCGUGUCUAGUGGUCGGCCCUCAAAACUCGACAUUCCUAAGUGCAACUAUUGUGGUGGCACUCGUGGGUUUGAAUUUCAGGUUUUGCCCCAGCUACUGUAUUUCUUCCAUGUGAAAGAUAGUGAAGAUUCUCUUGAUUGGGCAACAAUUGUUGUCUAUACAUGUGAGGCAUCGUGUGAAGGAGGUGUGGGUUACAAAGAGGAAUUUGCUUGGGUCCAACUUGCUUCUCAGUCUAUAUCACACAGAUAAAUACAUACAUUACCAGACAAAGUUGGGAAGCAUCAUACCUUUUGUCUCCAUUUCUCAUGUGUUUCUUUGUGAUGUAUGUAGACAGCGAUUUAAAUCAAUUUCUGUCUGGACGAUACGUCAAUCAUGGACCUCCCCCACAUCUGUAUCUCUUAAUGAGCAUUCAAUGUAAAAUGGUUUUUCUACACUAAUGGUUUUCCUUCUCUUGGAAAGA